ACGGGAAAGGGGGGGCUCACUGCCAGGGGGAAGGAGAGAAGAGGUACCCAGACUAAUCACAUGACCGCUCCUUAUCUUGUUAUCUCUGUGUUUGGAUAUACAUCGUUUGUUCUCGGAGUCAGAGCGACUAUUGAUCAGUCAAUCAACUAAACAGCGGAUUUGCGGCUCAACUGAACGUGAAUCGACAUGUCAGACGUAGUUCCUCCAGAAGUGAGACCCAAACCAGCCGUCCCUGCCAAGCCUCCAAAUGUGGGGGGUCCUUCCCCCUCCAGCCCCUUCCCACCCCAGGGCCCGGGCAUUGGAGGAGGAGUAGGAGGGGAAAGGAGCACUUCAGCUCCUCCUCCAAGUGCCAUUCCAGUCCCCAUCGGUACUCACGGCCCGAGCCACGCUGUUGGUCAUAAUGUGGGUCAUAAUGUGGGUCAUGGCAUAGGUCACGGAGUGGGUCACGGUGUGGGCCACGGUGGAGGUCACACUGCAGCACACAAUGGAGGUCAUGGGCAUGGAGGCUCCCACACCUCCAGUGGUGGAUCCACUCUGCUGGGGUACAUUGGUAUUGACACCAUCAUUGAGCAGAUGAGGAAGAAGACCAUGAAGACGGGCUUUGACUUUAACAUAAUGGUUGUCGGUCACAGCGGUCUCGGAAAGUCAACUCUGGUGAACACCCUGUUCAAGUCCCAGGUGAGCAGGAGUAGCGCAGGAUGGGGCCGUGAUGAGAAGAUCCCCAAAACUGUGGAGAUCAAAGCAGUGUCUCAUGUCCUUGAGGAGGGUGGUGUGAAGAUGAAGUUGACAGUCGUCGACACUCCAGGCUUUGGAGACCAAAUUAAUAAUGACAACUGCUGGGAGCCUAUUGCCAAGUACAUCAAUGAGCAGUAUGAGAAGUUCCUGAAGGAGGAGGUCAACAUCACCAGAAAGAAGCGCAUCCCCGACACCAGGGUGCACUGCUGUCUCUAUUUCAUCUCCCCAACUGGACACUCUCUUCGGCAACUAGACGUCGAGUUCAUGAAGCGCUUGAGUCACUCAGUCAACAUUAUUCCUGUCAUCGCAAAGGCGGACACAAUGACCAUUGAGGAGAGACAGGAAUUCAAACAGCGGGUAAGGAAGGAGCUGGAGAUGGGCGGGAUUGAGUUUUACCCACAGAAGGAGUUUGAUGAGGACAUGGAGGACAAGAGCGACAAUGACAAGAUCAGAGAGGCGAUGCCCUUUGCUGUCGUGGGCAGUGACAAAGAAUAUCAAGUGAAUGGCAAACGAGUUCUGGGGAGGAAGACAGCGUGGGGCAUUGUAGAAGUUGAAAAUCCCAACCAUUGUGAGUUUGCUCAGCUGAGAGAUUUCCUGAUCAGGUCUCACCUCCAGGAUCUGAAGGAAGUCACUCACAACAUUCACUAUGAAACCUAUCGUGCCAAGAGACUGAAUGAGAACGGAGGUCUCCACCCCAUAUCCUCCAAUGACACCCAAGAAAGCAACCUGUAGUCAGUUCAGUCAGAGUGUGAAUAAAAACAGUGCAAUGAAGCUGGUAGAUGACUCUACAGAAUAUUAUUAUCAUCGUCACGGCGGCAUCGCUGCAUGCUUGUAAACAUUUCUCUCUGUAAAAAUUGGUCAUUUAACAUGUCCAUUUUUGUUUUGAUUCCUAACUCCAUACACCAUCCUCUACACUUUAUUCCUGACAAACACAUAUCAAACCCCUCUGGUUUCAAAGUCAUUCCUAUGAAUAUUUGAAUGAAAGUCCAGUCAAAAAAAGAUAACUUAGUGCCAUUGUAAAAUUAAGACUUUAUUGACUGCCAAUGCCUUGUUGUUUAUCAUUGAGCAGGUAGUGUAAUAUUGGAAAGUGCCACAUUAUUAGGCUAGCUGUAAGAGGCACCUUUUAAGUUUUAGUAUUGUAGCAACGGAUGUCUGAAUUCAGACAAAUGAAAUUAAUUUGAGUUGCAAAAUAUAAAAAUCGUAAGUUCUGUACAGAAGUGAUGCACGAAACAUCUCUGCAGCUGACUCCGUACAAACUUCUUUUUUUAAGUUUGUCUUCAGCAACUGCUCAUUCCAUGAGAGAAUCCCUGUGGCUUUACUGUCAGGAGGGCUUAACAAACAGUGCAAGUUGCGCUGUCUUCUUUAAUACCCACCCUCACGGAGAAAACAAAUGAAAUUUCUCUAAUGUUCCCCAGCCCUGUUCGCGUUUCAUUUUCCAUUUAAAAAUAGUUUGCCUGCACAGACCUGCAUACUAAAAUGAGGAAAAGCUGCAACAUCAGUCACAUAUUGAAUGCAAUUCUGUGUGCGGCAGUGUGUGUGUGUGUAAUUGACUAUGACUGUGCAUACUGCAGAUUCUGUGACUCCAUGAUUCACCAUAAUAGUGCACACAAACUGAACGCUGUGGGAUGAUACAGCUCAGCAUGCUUUGUUCCAUUACAGUGGGUAAAGAGGAAAAAAAUGUGGUCCAGCACAUUUGUGCUCACUUGCAUUAGCUGUGUAUGCUCUUGCAGUGACACCAAAGGAUAAUUAUAAAACUGAUCAUUGGUUUAAUAAAUAAUGCAUAUUUUUUCCUUGGUUCAUAUUGACUUUGUGACAUAUUUUGACAGCUAAAUGGACAACGUGCAUCCAAUUUGAAUGUUAAUCUAAAAGCCUGCAGCAUGUAAUGUUAUCUGCAUUACUUUAUAUAAAUUAGGGAGUAGCAUGGCCAAUAAUGCCAUAAAAAAAAAUGCACACAAGCUUACUCAGCUAUGAGUAAAUCAUAUAUAGUGUAAAUCAGUCCUUGAAAACCGCUGCCACUUGCUUAUGUUUUUUGUUAGGCUCAGUUGAUUUAAUGCAUAUUCUCCUCACUGUUCCCACCAGCCAUCCAUGAAAGAAUAUUUUCUGACCCAAGAGACAGCAGUGGUGUAAUCAAUACACCUAAUAAUAGGUUAACAAAAUACUUCUUUUUUUCCUCAAUGUCUUGUGCAAAGGUUUUUGUAAACAUGACAGAGCUCUGAUGUGGUGAUGAGUAAUUGUGUUAAUACUAUUUUAAAAUGAAAUUCAUAUGUUCACCACUUGGUGGCAGCACUCUGCCAUGUAUUAGCAGUGAUUCAGUAGAACAAGACAUAUACCCAGCUUUGAGUCCUCAGACCUUCCAAAUGUUGAGAUUGUUUAGGUAAAGUUUUGCAGAGCCCAGUCUUAUUUCCUGAUAAAGUUUACAAGGUUUGGAUGGUCCGCUGCUGCCAUUGAUAACUAAUAUAUCUCUGCAGAUCAGGUAUACAAGAAGCUUUAAUCAUAUUACCCCAAUGGUAUGUACUCAAAGUGUUGGUGUAAUUAUUCCAAAUCAAUUUCAAUUAUUAAGUUGUGAACAUGUUUACGAAGUUUUCUUCAGGAACUUAACAUUUAUACUGUUCUGCCAUGCAGUGUCUGCAGUAGAGCACAAACAUGCCAAAACUACAAGUAAUUCAAUCUUUCGAUAUUUAACAAUUUUUUUUGUUUGUUUCAAGUUGAAUCCUCCUUUUGUACAAUCAUACACGUUUGUGUGAUUUUGAUAUGAAAUGUGACGUCUGCAACAAACUGAUAAUAGUUGUCUGUGAUUGUAGUGCAGUCAAAGGUUUCAAGCAGAAAUUUGAAACAGUAUUUGUGUGCAUGCUUGUGUUCAUAUCGCCUGAUUGCUAACAGCCAAUCAGUUCACACAUCACUGCAACUUUGCAUCAACUUAUCAACUGUUUCUGAAUGUGUGAUGUGUACAUCAAAUUGCUAUUUCAUGAGGUUAAAACACUGCUGUCUUAACUCCUGUAACUAAACUGACAGCCCACUAUCCACAUAUCACUCAUGCCCUUGAAUCAAUACAACUUCACAAUGUAUUAUAUUUAUUUAAUAACCAUUUUUCUCAACGUUGCUGUGACAUAUUGAGAUAUAAUUUUCAGUGUUAUAUUGAGUUAUAUAUACAUUAAUGUCUUAUUAUUGUAAUUUAUUCUUUAUUUAAUAAAAGCACAUUCCCAUUUUUUUGAAA